AAUUGAAGACAACACAGCUGAUUUGAUUUGUAGAUAGUUGAAUUUGCAAUUGGCAUCGUAAAAAAAAUUAUAAUUAGUAAAUAGUUAAUUAAACAGUUGUUGAUCGACAUAAUGGUUGUCAGCAAUGAUGAUGAAAUUGAUUCUAGUGAGUUUGCGUUAGAAGGCUUGGAGUCUGCUCCUGGUGACGCUUUAAGCGAGCUGCUACAGCAUUUGGAGGACUAUACACCAACUGUCCCUGAUGCAGUUGCUGAAAAAUAUUUACAUAUGGCCGGAUUUGAAACGGUAGAUCCACGCAUUGUGCGUAUCAUAGCGGUGACAGCGCAAAAAUUCAUAUCGGAUGUUGCAAAUGAUGCACUACAACAUUGCAAAACUCGCAGCAAUAGCCAACAUUCAGGAGGUCAUGGAUCAAAUAAGGACAAGAAAUCAAUAAAGGAUCGCAAAUAUACACUGGCCAUAGAAGAUUUAACUCCAGCAUUGGCUGACCAUGGUAUUACUAUGCGCAAACCACAAUAUUUUGUGUGAAGAUGUACAUCUAGGUCUAUCUUAAGUAAGGCGAAUUUUCGUAUAUUUAAGGAAUUUAGUUAAUAUAUGUAUGCUUAUUAUUUAGUAUCAACUGAUUUUAAACAGAUUUCUGAACCUUAAAUAUAAUAUAGAUGGUGUCGACAAAAACUUGAUUUUCUAUUUUUAUGUACUAAUUACCACACCACUGAAUUAUUGCUUGAAUAUGUACUUGAAUUUUAUGUCUGCGUUUUGUUUUACACGUCAGUUGGAAAAAAUAUCUGAAUUAGAAGUUAGUUUGAAGUUAAUCUUACAAAAUAUAAUAAAUCAUAUUAAAUUGAACAUUUA